AUGGCGGACGAAACUCCAGAAGCUCACGCUACGCGCUUAGAAAACGAGCUUUCUGCGGCCAAUGCGUUAUUAACUCGUUUAGGGUCCGGGCGUGUCGACGCAUAUCGUACUCCUAAAUUGCCCCCCUUUAUCAGAGCUGAUCCAAAUAUGUGGUUCACCCAGGUUGAUGCUUCUUUUCGCCACUCCAACAUAACGGUUGAAGGUACCAAAGCGGAUUUUGUAAUUCAAUCUCUUGAUCGUGAGGCCAUGGCAGUCAUCAUUGACAUUGCGGCAUUAGAACCUCAGCCCACAGACAUUUAUACCCAGAUCAAACGCAGGCUUAUAGCGUCUUUUGCCUCUUCUACAGAGAGCAAGCUUCGCCAACUCCUCAAAGGGCAGGUGCUCAAUGAUGGGAAGCCCUCCUUAACUUUGAGUAGGCUGAGGCACCUUGAUGAAGGCUCUCGAUGCGACGAGGCCAUCUUAAAAUCAAUAUUUCUUGAUCAGCUGCAUUCCAAUCACAGGGCAAUCUUGAUCGCUUCAGGUAUUGAGGAUCUCAACCAGCUAGCCAUCCUGGCUGACAAAAUAGUUGAGAACACCCCAUCAGAAGCUCGAUUGGCAGCGGUCACUAACGAGGUUGACUCGCCUAAUAUCUCUUCGGAACUAAAACUCUUAGCUGACUUAUUCAGCACGGUCACAGUGAGGAUCGACAAGCUUGAAAGCUCGGUUCAGGCUUCCAAAGCUCAAUCGAAUUACAAUUCCAACAAAGGUGGUAACAGAGGCAGGUCCAGAGGCCGCUCCAAGUCUCGUGAUCCUUCAGAACUUUGCUUAGCACACCGUAAAUACCCAAACAACCCCACAUCCUGCAGGAAGUGGUGUUCGGAGUACUCCAAAUGGUCUUCAAAAAACUAA